GCGAGCAGGGAGAGAGAGAGAGACAAAACUUUUCAGUGGGUUAUUAAAGAGCGAGGGGGAAAGCGUGCGCUGGAGCGGCGACCAUGCAGGAGGAGUCAGAAGAGAGCGUGUGCCGAGAGGGGAGUGUGCUGUUGUGGCCGUGCCCGCUGUGUCAGCAAGAGCGGCCAGACAGAGAUGCACUCGCUCAGCACCUUACCGACAAGCACAGCGUACUGCCUGCCUGCCUGGACAGACUGCUGGACACUGCCACCCCAGUACAGGUUGUGAGUGGAAAUAAGGUGGAGGAAUCCAAUGCUCAAAACAGCUCAGAUUCUCCCCCCUCUCAGCAGAUGCCUUCUGAAACAAAUGGAGCUCCCUCUGCUCUGCCUGAGACCGACGGCAAUGGCGCGGGACCCAAGCACGGCCUGGCCAGCACCUGCACACAGCGCGGCUCACGGGUCGACUCCUGCCCCGAAGAGGAGAGUCAAGGGGAGGGAGAGAGGAGGCCAGGGGGAACCAGGGACCACCUGGGGCUGGGUCAGGAGUCCACCCAACUUCCAGAGUCAACAACCACCCCGGCCCAUAAGGGGGCACCUCAGCCGUCUCUUAGCAAGGACAAUGGGAACGGCGGCUUAGCAAACAGCACCAGCAAAACUCAGAGCGACCCAGCGCUGGAGAAGUUUCUCGACUCGAACCGUCCCUUCAAGUGCAAUGCGUGCCUGGAGUCCUUCUCUUCCAAAAGUGCCCUGGGUGUCCAUUACAGUUCGUCAUCCCACCUGCACCGGAUGAGGACGGGCUCGUCAAUGCAGGCCGACGAAAAGGACACUCCCUCCCCCGCCACCGCCACGCCCGCCCCAUACCUGUCCCGCCCUUUCCUCUCCAACAAGCCCUAUCAGUGCGCCGUAUGCCGCGUCUCCUACAACCAUGCGUUCACCCUGGAGAGCCACUUGAAAUCCGUGCUGCAUCAGACUCGAAGCAGAAAUGCUACUAACUCCGCUACCAGCACGGCUGGGAACUCUGGCAAGAAAGGGAUCAGCAAUCUCGGAAAUAAUUCCGUGGCUACGAGUCCGGCGGGCGCUGGAUUUGGGAACUCUGUCAUGAACUUGAGUGCAAGUAACACUACGCCGCCUGGAGGCGCCGCGGCCACCGGCGGCAGCGGUGGUCAAGGAAGCCUGACGGCGUCGUCAGGAGCAACCAAAGAUGGAGAACAAAGUCAGCCCGGCGCCCAGCCCGUGUCGUCGCCCUGUCCACCCUCCGGCCCGGCCCUCUCUUUGCUCUCCUCCCCCGUGGCCUCAGCCCAGGCGGUCUCCGCCUUCCUCACCCUCCUCACGUCCUCCGGCUCCCCCUCCGUCUCCCCCUCCGUACAGCCCUCUCUGUUCACCGCUAACGCUGGUGCUACCCCCCAGCUGGAGCUGAUAGCCCAGCAGCAGCUGCUCCUGCCCCUGUUCCUGAACGGACUGCAGGCCCAGAACCCGGGCGCCAGCCUGGAGUCCGCCGGGGCUGUCCUGACCCAGUCGGUUCCCCUGCUGGGGCUCAGCGCCACGCAGCAGGCACUCCUGGCCCAGAGGCUCAGCGCGAUGCAGAACCAGGGCCUGAGGCCUUCCGCCGGCCUCCCGGAAGCAACGCGCACUUUCACGGAGGAAAAGGAGAAAGGAGAGAGCGGCACCGGGGCGGAGAGCGUGAAAGCGGAGAGUCGGGAGGAGGAGGCGAGGGGGCACGGAAAUACGAAGGAGGAAGAAUUACUGAAGCUCAAAUCGGAAGCUGUGGAGAAGGAAAUAAGCAAGGCCGAGGGUAGCGAAGAGGAUGUGAAAGACCUUAAACGCACCUUAGAAAGUGAAAAUGAGGAGAGGGGUGACGACAAGGACAAAGAGGAAAUGAUAAAAGCCAGUACUGCUGAGGACAGUAACUGUGUAGAGCACACUGGACUCAAAGACAGUGUAAAAGAGGAAGGACUCUGUAAAGGGUCUGAAACUUUAGGGGAGGGGGUUGGUCAACCAAAUCGGAACAGCUCACCAGCAGUGCAUAACAAAACCGCAGCUUCUGGUGACGUUGGCUCUCCAAGCAGCAGUCCUCGGACCCAUUCAGAUUUCUGUCAUAGCCCCGAUUCUAAGCCGGUCACAAGCAGCGUUGAGUUAAAACCUGGUUCCACGAAGUCCUUGAACGCCAACCACGGUGUAAAUCCGAAUGACUCCAUACCCACGUGUUUGAGAGGCCCCGGUCCUGCGUCGGUCGGCCCUGUGCUCUCCGAGUUCCAGUCCCAGGUGCUGUGGGCGUUCCUGGAGUCACGCUCAGAGGCGGAUGCGGCCAGCCCCACGCGGGAGGACUGUGAGGCGCUGGGCCGGGAGGUGGGGCUGAGCGAGCAGCAGGUACGCAGGUGGCUGGAGGAGGCGCGGGAGUCCCGGCUGAAGGGCACAGCUCAUAAGGCCGCGCCAAGGGAGACUGCCGAGGAGGACGAAGAGGAGGAAGGCGUGCUCACCAUAGUGGAGACAGAGGGAGGGGAGAGUCCGACCAGCGGCGGCAGGCAGGCCGUGGAUCUUUCCCGCUCUGCGAGGCGGAAGGGCGGGAAAGGGCAGGGCAGAGAGAGCUCCGGCGAGCCCUGCCUGACCUCGGACUCGGAGAACGACGGCGACGGCUUCUACACCUCUGUUAUCGUGACGGACGAGGAGAGCCAGGGCUGCCCCGCGAGGGAGGGGCCGGGCAGCCCCGCAAGAGAGGAGGCGCCUGCGGAGAAGGAGAAAGGCCGGGGGGGGAAGGUGCUCCGCUCCUGCACCGUCUUCCUCUCGGACGCCGAGGACACGGAGGAGGACGAGGAGGGGGGCGGGGCCCAGAGGAAGAGGAAGCGCAACAGGGAGCUGGAAAGGGAGGAGACGGAGCCGAAGAGGGAGAGGCAGGACCCCGAUGUGGAUUUGGAGCUGGAGGCUCAGGCUGACCCCCCCGUGGCAGUCCCCUUCGACCAGCAAAGCAUCCCCGGCGUCGUUUCCGGCAGCAUCUUGCACCCCCUCCCUGUCUCCAUUUCCCUCGCGCCCUACGCCACUCAGUUCCUCAACCCCUACAUGCUCUCCAUCCCCCCUUCCGCCAUCGGGCUGGGCAUCGCAGAGGGAGACGGGGACCGAGACAGAGGGAGGGCGUCCGCCUUCCCGAACCCCCCCGCCAUCACCCGCUGCUCCGUGGCCUUCCCCGACCCCCUCGGCGGCCCGCCCCCAGCCUCGCACGUGUCCCCCGUCCCGUCCCUGUCCAACGGGCCCGUCUGCGAGUCUGCCCUGGAUCUCAGCAUGGGGAAGAAGAGCAGCUCCGCCCUGUCCUCCGGCACUUACGCAAGCAGCAAGACGCCAGCGCGGAAUGAUCCAAAGCACGAAGGGCUGAGGUCCCCAGCACUGGGGGUGCCCGGGGCGGGCGGGCUCAUCGUCGUCCGGGUGAAGCCCGACGCCGCCCUUGCUGUCCCAACCCCCAACAACAGCGUCGGCAGCAAUAACAACGCCCGGACGAGCACGGUUUACAUCCGGGCUGCGGAGCGCAUGAACGCCUCGCUGGUGGAGAAGGAGCGCGGGAAGCAACAGCAGGAGAAGGAGAAGGAGAGGGAGCAGAAGCCCGCCAAGGCGCGGCGCUUCCGGGACAUGCGGCGGUCCCGGACCAUCAUCCAGACGGAGCAGCUGGACGUGCUCUAUGGCUGCUACUUCAAGGACCCCAACCCGGGCAAGCACGAGUUCCAGCGCAUCUCCGAGUGGGUGCACCUCCCCAAAAAAGUGGUGCAGAUCUGGUUCCAGAACAUGCGCGCCCGCGAGCGCAAGGGCGAGGUACGCUUCAUCAGCGAUGGCACGCUGGCCGCCAUGGGCAAGCCGCUCAUCAAGUUCACCUGGCCCCUGACCCUGCCAAUCUUCUCCAGCAGCCCCAGCCCCAACUCCAGCCCCCUCAGCGGGAACGGGACGGCGGGGGAGCAGGCCGGGGCCGGCCCCAAACCGCCUGGGGCCGGCCCCAAACCGCCCGCAGCCCCCAAACCUAAGCCCCCCCAAGAGGCGGAGCCAGGAGCGGAGAAGGAGGGGAGCAGGUUGAAGGAGUGCGGCUCCGGCACCGGCGUCUCGCGGCCGGCCAAGCCCAAACCCAAGCCGGAGACACCGAGCCCGGCAGCGCCAACCCGAACCAGCGGCAAAGCCGUACCCACCGCCCCGGACGUCCCGAUCGUGAUCAUGAGGACACGCGUGCCAGAGCCGCACUCCUCCCAAAAGCGCAAGCGCGGGGGAGGGGACGGGGAGGAGAGGACGGACAACGACAACGAGCAGCGCUCUCGAGAGAAAGUGGGGCCCGGCGCCGCCAACCGCAUGGUGCCGAAGGUCUCCGCCACGCCCGCCAGCAAGCCCCUCGCCGCCAGCUCCCACAAGCGCAACGGUCUCAACGACUGGACGCCCAAGGGCUCCUUCAAGAUCAACACCCUGUCCCGGGAGCAGCUGGGCCUCUCUGCGCCCCGCCCCUCCGGCACCCCCGCCCCCUCCAACGCCAGCGUCGCCAAAUCCGGCCCCCAGGAAGGGGCCUACCAUCAGCACUCGUCGAGCCCGCGGCGGCCGCGGACGCACCUGACCUCCCUGCAGGUGUCCAUCAUGCAGUCCUGCUACGAGACGUGCCCCCACCCCAACGCGCUGGAGUGCGAGACCAUGGGCACCGAGCUGGGGCUGCCCCUCAAGGUGGUGCAGAUCUGGUUCCAGAACACGCGUGCCAAGGAGAAGCGCUGGCGGCUGCAGCAGCAGAAGCAGUCUCCCGGUACAGACUCCUCCAAGAAGGUAGACACCAGCUCAGGCAGCUUCCUGCUGUACAGCGCGCUCAGAGCCAACCGGCCCAUCCUGCCCAAACCGGUUCAGCUGACGGUGCUGGAGCCCUCCACCCCACCGGCCGCGGGCCAGCCGGCGAGCCGGGAGACCCUGCGGGGCCGCUGCGAUGCGUGCGGCGUCGGGUUCGAGUCCAGAGCCGCGGGGAGGACCCACGUCUUUUCCCCUCAGCACCUGGCCAAGCUGAAGUCCACUAACUUUGGCCACCCACCCUCGCUCGUCAACAGUGGUUCCGGCACCGGGUCCAGUUCGGGCUCCGGAGCAGCCGCUCAGUCUUCCCCCAGUCCAGCCAGCAGCACCAGCUAAAGGCGCGGGCCUGGAGGCACAGACGCUGGGCCCGCCGGGCUCCUCGUUCAACGAACACAAAGGAUUCUGGGUUCUGAUCUCUUACGCAGCCAUUGUUGAGAGUUUCCGGGUGAGGCCAAAAAAACCCUCUCUACCUUCCUUUUUUUUUCAUCGGACAUCAGGUGGACUGUAUCUGGAGAACUCCUUGGUUUCGGUACCAGAUGGGGCCCAUUUUAAUGGAUUAGUGACGGACUGCUUUACUAACAGUAAUAAAAAGCAUAAAAUAAGGGCUGGGACCUUCCCUUGGUUCUAGCCAUGUUGUGGUUGUCCUUUCCUUUUCUGUCUCCAACCAGCAGAUGAUCAGCUCUGGCCCCGAAGUGAGCUUCCUCGUCCCCUUACCUUCCCUAAUGGUCUCCUCGUCACCUUGCUUAAUAAUGACACAGUGGGCUUAAAAAAUGGCCUCCCUGCUACAGGGAAACCGAUCGUUACGGAUUCUGCCGCCCCAGCUUAAAUUUUGUGUUGUUUUGAGUCCAAAGCUGGCGGUCUGCUCCUAGACCCACUCUUCAUCCCUCCUCCCAUCAUGUUUACUAAAGAUGGCUCUGGACAAUCUGGAUAAAAUGCCAACUGGAUCCCUGUGGGAUUUCUGACGGUUAAUAUACUGAAGUCCCAAAAAAAAAAA